AUGCAGACAGCCAUGCUGGCCCUGUGGUCCCUGCUUCUGCUCUGGGGCCUGGCGACUCCAUGCCAGGGGCUGCUAGAGACGGUGAGCACGCUCGCUCGGAUUGACAAGGAUGAACUCGGCAAAGCCAUCCAGAACUCACUGGUUGGGGAGCCCAUUCUGCAGAAUGUGCUGGGAUCGGUCACAGCUGUGAACCGGGGCCUCUUGGGCUCAGGAGGGCUGCUUGGAGGAGGCGGCUUGCUGGGCCACGGAGGGGUUUUUGGCAUUGUCGAGGAGCUCUCUGGUCUGAAGAUUGAGGAGCUCACGCUGCCAAAGGUGUCGCUGAAGCUGCUGCCGGGAUUUGGGGUGCAGCUGAGCCUGCACACCAAAGUGGGCAUGCAUUGCUCUGGCCCCCUUGGGGGCCUUCUGCAGCUGGCUGCGGAGGUGAACGUGACAUCGCGGGUGGCGCUGGCCGUGAGCUCAAGGGGCACACCCAUCCUUAUCCUCAAGCGCUGCAGCACGCUCCUGGGCCACAUCAGCCUGUUCUCAGGGCUGCUGCCCACACCACUCUUUGGGGUCGUGGAACAGAUGCUCUUCAAGGUGCUUCCGGGACUGCUGUGCCCCGUGGUGGACAGUGUGCUGGGUGUGGUGAAUGAGCUCCUGGGGGCUGUGCUGGGCCUGGUGUCCCUUGGGGCUCUUGGGUCCGUGGAAUUCUCUCUGGCCACAUUGCCUCUCAUCUCCAACCAGUACAUAGAACUGGACAUCAACCCUAUCGUGAAGAGUGUAGCUGGUGACAUCAUUGACUUCCCCAAGUCCCGUGCCCCAGCCAAGGUGCCCCCCAAGAAGGACCACACAUCCCAGGUGAUGGUGCCACUGUACCUCUUCAACACCAUGUUUGGACUCCUGCAGACCAACGGCGCCCUCGACAUGGACAUCACCCCUGAGCUGGUUCCCAGCGAUGUCCCACUGACAACUACAGACCUGGCAGCUUUGCUCCCUGAGGCCCUGGGGAAGCUGCCCCUGCACCAGCAACUCCUACUGUUCCUGCGGGUGAGGGAAGCUCCCACGGUCACACUCCACAACAAGAAGGCCUUGGUCUCCCUCCCAGCCAACAUCCAUGUGCUGUUCUAUGUCCCUAAGGGGACCCCUGAAUCCCUCUUCGAGCUGAACUCGGUCAUGACUGUGCGUGCCCAGCUGGCUCCCUCGGCUACCAAGCUGCACAUCUCCCUGUCCCUGGAACGGCUCAGUGUCAAGGUGGCCUCCUCCUUUACCCAUGCCUUUGACGGAUCGCGUUUAGAAGAAUGGCUCAGCCAUGUGGUCCGGGCAGUGUAUGCACCAAAGCUUAACGUGGCCCUGGAUGUUGGAAUUCCCCUGCCUAAGGUUCUUAAUAUCAAUUUUUCCAAUUCAGUUCUGGAGAUCAUAGAGAAUGCUGUUGUGCUGACCGUGGCAUCCUGAGGCUGAGACAUGGCCACCAGCCUUCCCUGUUGACUACUAGAGACCACCUGUCUACUCUGCCUCAAUUUCCCUCCCAGUCUCUAGCUGAUGUUGGUGACAGUAAAAAUGCCCUCUGGCCCUGAAGCUCUACUCCAAGUUUGGGGUAGGAACUGCCUGGCUAAUCAUAGAACUGCCUCAGAGAGAGCUCUGGGGUCUCAGUAGCAAACCCUGAGCUUUCAAUAAAUGACUCCUGUAUCUGGGU